AAUUCGCGACGUCCCUGAGUUCCGAUCGAAUCAACGGUUUCGCCAGCGGUUGUGUUGUAACAGUCCCUGGGCAGAAUACAACCUUGUGGUGUCACGGAACGACAAAACUAAUUCUCUAAAUUUGGACACACGUGCAAUUCUUGGUACAACACGUGCAGUUCGGACGACCACGUGGACCGCAUGUAUCGAAAAAUAAGUACUGCAUUGUCUGGUGCAUAUAUUUAAGGAAACUGUGAUAUUUACCGUCGACGUUGUGUCUUAACGGAGAAUGAGACAUUAAUUUGCCAAGAAAUUGGAAUGGAAAUUCAAUUACAACAAUCAUUAUCAACUGCAAUGCAAAUACGUGAUAACCUUUGAGGAUGAUAUUUUGAGAAGAAUCGAAAGUCAAAUUGAGUAGAAUAUUGGUAUUUUCUAUUGAAAACUUAAUGCUACAGGCGAUUAAACACACGUGAUCAAGUUAUAUAUAAUAUUGUAUGUCUGCCUGCGUAUAUGAGAAACAAUGUGAUAUAGUUCAUCAACUUGUAAAAGUAUUUGUAAGCAAAACUAACAAGGGACAUGUACUGCUGAUACAAAGGAUAACUGUAAAAAGACUGAUAGAGUAAGGAUAUAUAAAGAAGAAUUCUUAUCAAUCGUUUAAAAAAAGUAUAGAGUAAUGGCUGACAGAGAACCGCAACAGAAAAGGAAAAAGCAAUCUGUCAUCUCUGAUUUUCUCUAUUCAGCUAAAUUUCAAAAAUUAUUUUCUGAGCAUUGGCAUAAUCGCACUGACAUAAAGACAGACAACUUUGAAGUUAUAUCAAAACCAUUUAGAGUAUGCAGAAUAUCAAACUUUAUUUGCAACGAGGAAUUAAUGGAUGAGAUAAAGAAUGAAUUGCUGGAUGUUAGAAUUAAAAGAAAUUGUAUAGAUCUUUAUCAAUUUGAACAAACUGAGGAUCUUAUUACCGUUGAUAGGGAAUUUUUAAAUUUAUUGUAUAUGACCUUUGAGUCAGAUUUGUCAGAAUGGAUGGAACGUAACACUAAAAUAAGACUUAGUAAGAAGAUAUCAAUGUCAAGCUCUUGCUACUAUGAUACAGAUUAUUUAUUGUGUCAUGAUGAUAAUAUGGGUGAUCGAAAAAUUGCUUUUGUAUUGUACCUCUCAAAAGAUUGGACUGAGGAUGAUGGAGGAGCUCUGGAUUUAUUUGACACAGAUGAGAAUAAUCUGCCUAGGAAUGUUGUAAAAUCAUUAAUACCGGAAUACAAUUCCCUUGUGUUUUUUGAAGUUUUGGAGAACUCUUUUCACCAAGUAGCUGAAAUAAAAUCACCUAACAAGUCACGUUGGUCUAUAAACGGUUGGUUUCAUGGACCACUUCGACCACGUGUAUGGCGACCAAGAACAGAAAUUUUGUCCAAUUACAUAGAUCCAACACCCGAAUCCGUUGAUUUAGAUUAUUGGAUAUCACAGUGUUAUUUAUUUCCUAAAAUAAUCAAACAAAUUCAUGAGGACGUAGAAAGGAAUUCGUAUACAUUUUUAUCGGAUUAUUUGAAAGAUGAAAUUUAUGCAACACUUCGAACAGAUCUGGCAUCCGAUUCAAUCGUUUGGAAGAAAGUUGGACCAGCUGAUAUUCGUAAUUACGAAGUGGCGGACGAAGAAACUCUUCCCGACGUAUUGAAAAAAUUCUACAAUAUGUUCAAGUCGACUACGAUGUUCCAAUUGCUUAAAGAUUACACGGAAUUAGAUCUAGUAGUGUCGGAGGAGGAAGUUACAAAGCCUAGGAUGCAGAUAGAGCUCCAAAGAUGGACAUCGGGUUGUUACACGUUGAUAUGUGAUAAAUUGCUCGACAACGAACCUUAUACUUACGUAAACGACGAGAAAUGCUACAGCAAUAUAUACUCGAGUGAUAGCGAAGAAAACGCAAGUAAUAAUAGCAAUGAUGACGAUAAAAAUAACACUACAUCAGAGUGCAAUACUUCAUUGAGUUCCCCCGAGCAAAAGGAAUUCGACGAGAACGAUCCAUUACAAAAAAUCAUUCAUUCGAGGUGUGCACGCACGGUGAGUAAAAAUUUAUUGAUGUCAUCUCCGAUAAAACUGAAAGCCUCAUCGCCUCAGAAACCUAAAUAUCGUGAUACCGACGAUUCUGACGUAUCCGAUAUUGGAGACUAUUUAUCCGAUCCUGUAGAAUGUUCAGAUCCAGAAAAGGAACCGGGGGUUCUCGAUGUAAUAAUUCAAUUUAAUACCGGUCAUGUAAGCGAAGAGCAUACCAUAGACUAUGUGAAUCCUAAAGAGCAAGACGGUGUAUUAAUUGAAGUGCCGUCGAAAGACAACCACUUAUGCCUCGUUUUCAAAAAUGUAAGCGUCACUCGCCUUCAUAAAUACGUGAACCAUUACUGUACAGAUUACUUUUACAAUUUAAUUUGUACAUAUUAUGAAGAUUAAUUACACAUGUGACUCGCGUCGUCAUUUUGUAUGUUCCUCGAGCGAGUUAAUAAUUGUAUAAUGAACGUCGAGCAGGAUAAACCUGCGUCGUGUAUUAUAGUAUUCGUAUCAAUAAAAAUUAUCAGUAUUUAA